AUGGCAAUGGAGGAGCCUCGAGAAGACAUCUCCUACGAUACCACCCCCGCCGUUACACGCGAUGGGCGCACAAGAUACACUACGAUCCUCCUGGGCGCCCAGACAACCGCCCUCCUAAGCUCGGUACCGCAGACACCUGGAGCACCUGAGCAAACGACGGCCACAAACGAAGUUCCGAUGCCCACUACCGGUGCAGGCGACACGGCUGUGACCGCGCUCAUUGUUUUUGGCGUCGUUCUCGCCGUUGCCCUGAUUCUGGCGCUACUAUGGUGGUGCAGCUUGCCUCGGCGACGACGGCCCCCGAGUAGAACUACCUCGACAUCAGGCGGCGGUGCUCCCAGGAGAGUAAGAAUUAUUGUGGACGACUAUCCACCAUAUCGACCAUAUCCAACACGUCCUUCAGCUUCCCCAAACCCUCCUGUAUCGCCUCCAGGAUCCAUGGGUCAUGAGGGGUCUGACAGGAUUGGCAGAAUCUAUGAUCCUCACUAG